ACAAACAUCAAGCGCCGCGUGUUUACAUCACUUUGAUUUUCUCUCUUUAGUGUUUUAAACACAGUGUUGUGUGUGUGUGUCUUUGUAUAUAGUGGUUGACGAUGACGUCACAGAUGUGCUGUAAAUCAGUGGGAACUGAUCUGUCCAUGCUGGAUAUUGAUGAUUUCAUCACAGAAAUCUGUCAGCUGAAGAAAGAGGUGAAGUUACUGGAGGAAAAGCUGAGGACAAGAGGAGAUGAACUCAACACAGAGAUUUUGGUAAAGGUCGAGUCAAACCCCACAGACGCUCAGGACACUGUGUGUGACAGUAAUCACACCUUGAAUCAGGAUGAAACUACUGAUCAAACCUCCACAGAGUCUCUGGAUUCUGUCUGUAACGCUGGAGAACAGCAGAUCCUGAACACCAGACCACUGAACAUGUGUUCUGUCACACUGAUGGACUGCAGGAAACUGACGGAGAUGAAAACAGAACUCACAGUAAAGGAAGAACAGAUUGAUGAAGAUGACAAUCAUGAAGAUUUUGUUUCUUCGGUCAAACUGGUGAGUGGUGAGAACCUGGAGAUAAAAACAGAAGAAACUUCAGACGAACACCAGACUUGUGAAGAUGAGAAUGAUGGUGGUGAUGGUUUUAUUCCUUCAGAUGAGAGCGGUGAUUCACGUGGUGAUGGAGAAACGGCCUCUACGUCAAAACAGCGACUGACAGCACAAACUCUUUCCUGCAUCACCUGUGGAAAGACAUUCAGUUCACAGAGACGUUUAGAGACACAUGAGAGAAAACACACAGAACAGAAACUCUUCACCUGCACCAGAUGUGACAUCAGCUUUCCUACCUUACAAGAGAAGAAACUUCAUUCACAAGAGCACAGAGACGGGAAACACUUUCACUGUCAGCUGUGUGGCAAGAAUUGUGUCUCCUCUUCUAGUCUGAAACGUCAUAUGAGGACACACACUGGAGAAAAACCUUUCCACUGCAGUGAAUGUGACAAAUAUUUCAGCUCCAAAGGAAAUCUUGCUGUUCAUCAGAGAAUUCACAGGGGAGAAAAAAAGCACAAGUGUCCACACUGUGAGAAGAGAUUCAGCUGUAAUUUUCAUCUGAAGAUACACGUACGUGUUCACACCAAUGAGAGACCAUAUCAGUGCAGUGAAUGUGGAAAAACCUUUAGACAUUCAAAUGCUCUGAAGGUACACGAAAGAACUCACACUGGGGAGAAACCAUACAAGUGUCCUCACUGUGACAAGAGUUUUUCUUCUUCAAGUCUUCUAAGAGGUCAUCAGAGAAUUCACACGGGAGAAAAACCAUACAAGUGUCCUCACUGUGAGAAGAGUUUCACCCAAAAACCUAAUCUGAAGAGACACGUGCGUGUCCACACUGAUGAGAGACCGUAUGAGUGCAUUGAAUGUGGAAAAACCUUUAGGGAUUUAGGUAAUUUAAAGGCGCACCAAAAAAUACACUCUAAUGAGAAACUCUAUCAGUGUUCACACUGUAAUAAAUGUUUCCGUUAUAAAUCUAAUCUGAUAACUCACGAGAGAACUCACAUGCGAGAGAAACCUUACGUCUGCUCUAACUGUGGAAAGAGCUUUUCUCGGCCUAGUUCUUUUAAAGUUCAUCUUAGAAUUCACACUGGAGAGAAACCUUAUCACUGUUCCAACUGCAGUGAGACAUUUUCUUAUUUAAGACAUUUACAGACCCAUCAGAAGAAACAUGCUGAAGAACAAACUGCACUUGAAUCCUCAUAGCAGGCCUCAGAGCUUAUCUCUUAACCAAUUUGAUUUUAGACUUUAUAAUGGAUGUAAAGCAACAGUUAGUCACCAGUAUUCAAGUAAAUUAUCUUGUUGAAGAAAAGUAUCACCCUCUUAAAACAGAAUAAAUUUAGAUGUGUCAAGAAUACGCUCAUGUAGACUUUAAUGUUAUUUUGAUAUCUGUUUCUUCUUUUGGCUGUACUUUACUCUUUAAUGUUUAUUGAUUUAUUCAGUUUGUAAGGUGUCUAUGAUACAGGCCUCAUAGCUUAUCUCAAAUUGAGCCAGUCUCUCUCUUAUUAUUAAAGAUGUAAUUGCA